CACCCAGGGUUAGAUAAUCCAGUCUGGGACCAAGCUGUGACCUCAGGCUGACGUGCCGCUCCGGCCCAGCCCAUCCGGCGAUGCACCGCCGCUGUCUGCCCUGCAGUCCCUCUCUCGCUCACAGAGACAACAAGGACUAGCAGCAGCAGCAGCAGCAGCAGCGCAGCACUCCGGGUUCCCUACAGCUGCUUAUGCUUUGUACCGAAAACAGACCUGCUGCCGACCUACUGCGGCAAGAUGUACCACUCUGACCAUGGUGUUGACUUCCCCGACCUCUCCUUCCAAAUCCCCGGCAGCCCUGCAGAGCUAGGCCCUGCAAAUAGAGUGUGAACACAACCCUCAACACAACACACAUCUACCUUCCCCUCCACCCACACAGGGCUUUCUUCUGCUCCAGUCCUACCCUCUUUCCUUCUGGAACAUGGACAGCCCUCCCAAGCUGUCAGGGGAAACUCUGAUCGUGCAUCAUAUCCCCCUGGUGCACUGCCAGGUGUCAGGUGGGCGGCAGGGUGGCUGUGGAGGCUCUCUGAAGAAGAGCAACCCAUUUAGCCCACCAGAGAACCUGGGCUUGAGCCGCACCACUUCCCUUCCCGAGAGAGAUGUCCUUCAGAGAGAAGCCCUACUCUAUAGCAGCCUGAUCCAGAACUCCGGUGGCUCCUGGUCCUCCAACAAUGGAGGAAAAGAGAGGAAGGGGGGCGGGAGAGGAGGCAGCACAGCAAGUGAUGAUUCAUCAUUUACCUCAAGCAAUUCAGAGGACCAGCUGAUUACAGCUCACACGUUACCCAGAACGAAACAGAGGAACAGGAAUCCAUUGCGUCAUAAUCCAUUCCUGCUGAAUACUGAAGAUGACGAGGAGGAGGAAGAAGAUGAUGGGGACAACCUCAGUGGUUACCUUGAAGACUCUUCUUUUCACCUCCACAGUGACACUAACUCUGGCCUCGAUGAUGGGAUGACUUCUUUCCACCUACACGACCUUGGCUUUGCUUCUGAGCCCUUUCUUUUGCACAGCUCGGUGGGUGGAAGGAGUCGUGAGUCCUUGAGGGGUCUAGCCUCAGAUCUGUCCAGCCACCUGGAGGACCUGGACAUUCUAGGACUGGAGAGCCAGCGGCGCCAUGGCAGCAGCGGUUCCAACAUGUCUAUGGAUUGUGGAGAGCACGACUGGGGCGAUGAUGACGAAGAAGAUGAAGACCAUCCUAUGAGGUGUGGGCGAAGCAGCAAGACAGGUUCAUACUCCUCCAGCUCCUCCACACAUCACUGUUCCUGCUGUGUACUCUCCCAGAACUACCCUCAGCACUUCCCUGAAGCCUUCUCUGAGCCUUUCUCAGAGUGCCAGCAAGGCUACGGAAGUGACUCCUCUUGCAACAGCUCGGAUGGUGUCCUUGUAAACUUCAGCGCCAUUUACAACAAGAUGAACAACGGCGGCCCGGAGAAGCCACCAGUCUCUGGGCACACCAAUCUCAACAGCUCCACUGACCACUCCUGCACCUCGUCUGUUUCUGAUCCAUCAGGAAACAGACGAGACUCAACCAAAGGGGCUUUCUAUUUGGACCUUCACACCUCCCCAACUGAACCUCCCUCAUUACAGCAACAGCCGUCCUGCCUAGGCAGUACCUUCCCACUCAUCCGUGAACCGAACCUUUCAACGUCCUCCACAUGCUCCUGCGCCUUGGAGCACCAGGGGGCUCUUGACCUCGAUGCCAAUUGCAACUCCUACCACCCUCCACAUUCCGGGUCGUCGGGAGACCUUUCAUCCUGUCUGCAGAGUCAGGCUCGGCUGGUCGUCGCCACUCAGAACUACUACAAGCUGGUCACCUGUGACCUCUCGUCCCAGUCGUCCCCGAGUCCCGCAGGCUCCUCAGUCAACAGCUGCUCCGAUGAGCACAGCAAAGGCAGCCCCACCCCGACCCAGCCCAGUGAGUACUACCUGUUCAGGCAGCGAGCUGAUGAGGGAGGUGUGGAGGAGGAAGACGAAGGUGGCGAGUCAUCAAGGCGAGAUGAUGAUGAUGAUGAAGAUGAAGAUGAGGAGGAGGAGGAGGAGGAGGAGGAGGAGGAGAAAAAGAAGAGUCAGCAAACAGCUGGUGGGGCUGAAGCUGCUCCUGAUGUUAUUGAAGGCCAGGUGUACGUUAACAUCUCCCCUCCUGUAGUUGGCCGGGCUGUUAUCGGAGGUGGAGCCUCUGCAGGAAGCCGUCCCCGAUCUCGCAGCUACGACCGCAACCUGGACAAGUCUCCGUCUCCCCGCCUUGGAUCUCUGGAGCGUAUGUUGAGCUGCCCCGUCCGGCUCAGCGACGGCGCCGCCCCGACCCCACCUCCUCCUCCACGAGUCACCUCCUUUGCAGAGAUUGCAAGAAGCAAGCGGAGAAACGGAGGGUCGCCAUCAAUGAAAGCAGCUGCAGACCCUUUCUCCUCCACUUACUCUACCCACUCCCACUCCUCGGUGGAUUUCUCUCCGAUCCUGGAGCAGCGUGUGGAGGUUGAGAGUCACAGCCUGUCACCUGUACCCUUCACCAGAUGUUACAGUCAAGGCAGCAUUGAGCGACACCUGGAGGGGGCCAGGGAGACAAGAGCCAAGGCUGAAGGUGGUCUCUCUAGUUCCUCAGACAGCCGCCCAGCAGUGGUCCGCUACAGGAAGGACCAGCGUCCCACCACCCUCCCUAUCCAGCCCUUCACCUUCCACCACCAGUUUGCUUCCAAACCCCCACAGCCCAAGCCUCUGCUUCCCCUGAUCACAGGCUACGUCUCUGGGAUGCAGGCGCGCUCCAGCUCUGGCUCUGGCUCUGACUCUGGAGGUCCGGUGGGUGAAGACAAUGAAGAUGCAGCUGAGAAUGUGCACAGGUACCAGGGGACUCUGGCUGUAGCAGCGCCUCCUCCUGGAUCAGUACGACCUUCACCUCUUGGUAGCUACUCCCCAGUUCGGGUUCAGGGUGCUCCCAGCUCUGGGACCUGCUCCACCUGCACACCGAGCCCUCAGCCAACACACAGCCUCUCCUGCCCGCUUUCAGCAGGCCUCGGCCACCUGCACACCCCACCAACAGGAAAGCAGGGAGGGGGCUCUGUGCAGCUGCCAUCUACCCCUCCACCUCCAUCCCUGGGGGUGAAGAGAGGGACAGUGCCACCAACGCUGCCAGCAGUGCAAGGACACUGUUUCCAUGGGGGAGCUCUGGCCAGUUUACCAGCACUGAACAGUGACACACUGAGCCCGCUGGGCUGUCUGGACUCUGGGAAUCACGUGGAGGGAAGCAAAGGACCCGGAGCAAGGACACACAAUGCACACCACCUCUCUCCCCAGGCUCUCAAAUGGAGGGAGUACCGUCGCCGAAACCCUCUGGGAGUGGAGAGGGUCUCAGGGGGUCACACGGGUAGCCUGGAACCCCGAAGGGGCGGAGGGCCGCGGCUUGCCAGACGAAAUGUGUUCGAUUUCCCGUCAGCCCUCUCUGGUCAUGCGCAGGGACGGCUCAAUGCAGUUGGCCAAUCAGCUAAGCUGCAGCAGAGCUACAGCGACUUCCUGCCGGACUACUUCUCCCUGACAGAGAAGCCUCCGGAAGAGUUCUGCCUCUCCCCUGAUGCUUCAACCUCCUCCUCCUCCUGCUCCUCCUCUCAGUCCCACAUCUCUGUGGACCUGACGCAGAAGAGAGGUUUGGUGAAAGCCGUGAACACAGCAGUGGAUCUGAUUGUGGCACACUUCGGCACCAGUCGAGACCCAGAUGUGAAGGCUAAACUGGGGAACAGCUGGGUGAGUCCCAACGUGGGUCACCUCAUCCUGAAGUACCUGUGCCCGGCCCUGCACGAGGUGCUGCAGGACGGUCUGAAGGCCUAUGUGCUGGACCUGAUCAUCGGACAGCGGCGCUGUCAGCCCUGGAGUCUGGUGGAGGCGUCCACACAACUGGGCCCGUCCACACGUGUUCUCCACAGCCUGUUCUCAAAAGUGAGCCAGUACUCAGAGCUCACAAGCCACAGCAUGAGACUCAACGCAUUUAUCUUCGGCUUGCUUAACCUAAAAUCUUUGGAAUUCUGGUUCAAUCACCUCUACACACACGAAGAUAUCAUAGCAGCACAUUACAACCCUUGGGGUUUCCUUCCCCUGUCGCAGGGGGCGUGUCAGCCGCUCUUUGAGGAACUCCUCCUCCUACUGCAGCCGCUGUCGCUUCUCCCCUUUGACCUGGACCUGCUGUUUGAACCACACCUCCUGCAGAAGGGCCAGGAGCACCUCCGUCGCAAGGAGCAGCUGUGCUCUGCGGGCCAGAGUGUCGACCACUCAACACGCUCCACCUUCCAGCUCAUGAGAGGAUGGAGCACCACUGUGAGUGAAAUGGUCAGAGAGUCGAGUGCAGAGGUGAAGAAAGAGAGGGCGGUGCUGAGACGAGAGGGAACAUGGCCCAGGAUGGAAGGGGUGGGCUCAAGAAGAGAGGGAGGGAAUUCAAGGUUGAGGAAGGACGGGGCAACAUCUGAGAGCAUGAACGCCGGGCCUGCUUGCAGACAGACAAUGAUGGAAGUAGGGUUUGCAAAUGUCUUGAAGGAUAGGGGGAUGGGCGGGCAGAGGGUGAAAGGCGUAGGACAGGAGAGCCAAGGCGAAGAUGAGGGACGGGAGAAGGACAUGAGGAAGGAAAAAGACAAGGACAUGUCUGACGAGGGGCGUCAGCGGCAAGACAGACAGGCGGGCUGGUGGUACCAACUCAUGCAGUCCUCACAGGUUUACAUCGACCAAUCCACUGAGGGGUCAAAGUUCAUUAAGACUGAGAAGAGGAAGAAGUCAUCAGAGAGACGACACUGCCAGCUACCGCCCACCAGAGAGGGAGUGGUGGAGGGGGCAGAGUCGAGCCAAGAAGGGGAGGGGUAUCGAAGUAGGAAUAGCAGCAGCAGCUCUAGUGGUGACUCAGCUGGAUCCCGGGGAAGGGCUUCAUGGAUGGGCAGCCCGCCAGAGUCUGUCGUCAACCAGGAGAAAGAGACCAAACCUCUGAAAGUUACAGGGUCUGGGGCCCAGGCUGCAGCCCAAGAGGAAAGCCCCUCUCAGGGACAGGCUCUGCGCUGGGGAAGGCUCUUUGGAUCCAGUGUGGGUUCUCCUUUGAGGGGGGAGGGAGCUGAACAGAGGGCGAAAGGUCCCACGACCCGGCCACCAUCAGGCUGGCUGUCUCUCGAUCGGUCUGUCCUUGACCUUGUUGCGCAGACUAUUGGAGCAGGAAGUGGGAAGAAGGCAGAGUCUCCAACCCCAGCCACUCACACCCAAAGCACACCUGCACCAAGGCCAACCCAACCAACUGAAGCCAAACUACAGUCUCAGUGCGAAGUCCGAGCAUUGUGCCACCACAUAGCCACAGAGCCCGGCCAGCUGAGCUUCAACAAGGGCGAUAUCCUGCGUGUCCUGACUAAGGCCGAUCCGGACUGGCUGCUCUGCUCCCUGGGCUCCACGCAGGGCUUGGUUCCCAUCAUCUACGUCACCCUCAAAGGCAUGGAGGAGAGCCACGACGCUGCCGGACUCGGGCAAUGCUGAGCGAAAGCUACCCUGAGAGAAAUGAAAGCAAGAUCAAGACAAACCUCGUUGGAGGCCACAUACUGACAAAAACCUGUUUGAAAUAACUGAACAUCAGGAAUGAUUCCUGAAAAAACAUUGUAGAAAAAGAUUCUGAAGAUGAUGUACAGACACAUGCAAGGGAAGCAUGCAGGCUCGAACACAAGCUCACAUCCACUUCAAGGGUACAUCCAGACAAGUAUGCAUGCAUACAUCCAAAAAACCAAAAGACCAGACAUGAAACAAACCAAAAGACACUCCAGCACACGCUUCUCUCUCUCUGCGUGAAGUUCCGCUACUAGCUUAACUAUGUGACUGUCCAGUCUAUAUAUAUCAUCCAUCUCAACUUACAGAGGGGCUGCUCACAGACGGGACAAUUCACAAUAUAAUGUAUACCAUGCCUAGCUGCACUUUGCUGUAUUGUCUACACAUUCACCUAGCUGUGCCACAGUUUGAACACAGUGCUCAGUUAUUGCCCUCAGUCAAACACUGGGGUCAGUUUGAUGUCCUGUCGCUUAAUUGGUGCAGACUUAUCCUUUAAAUUCACGUGAAAAAAUAAAUAAACAUUGAAUCUUUCUUCGUAAAAUUUAAGGUGGUUGAUGUAAAAGCAAAAAUUGUGAACUUCUUAGUCGGUGUCUGCUACAGUUGUAGAGGUGUGAUUGGGCAUGUUGUUAAAAGAAGAGCAGAAAACCACACGAGUUUGUUGAAGUAGGUGUCCAACUCAAGUGAAGAGAAUGCCCAUCUGUACUAUUUGAUCACCUCUUUAUAUGGAGAGUGAAAUUGCUCUUUUUUUCCCUUCUUCAUUCCCUCAUAAGACCCACCGCAGCUGGGAUGAAUCAGUGGUUGACAUUGUUUAAGUGCAUGUAACUUUGCCAAAAUGUUGACUUUUCCCCCCUCAGUCCCACCUUAAUCUCUUGAGGACACACUCAAGUGAGUGGCCACAGCCUGCGCUGUACAUAUGCAUUUUGAUCUAUUGGUACAUACUGUAAAUGCUUAUAUGACUUACACAUGUGGUGAGUUCUAUUUAUUUAUCAACCAGUCCAGUUAGCUGAGGGAAGCACCUAAGUGGACGGUUAACAGAGAAACAGGGAAGGAUGUCUAAUGAAAGCAAAGCAUGGCUGUGGAGGCCUUGUUGAAUGUGUCGGGGGUCGAGGCUGAACAAAGAAAUCAUCGCUAAUUAGUUGAAUGUGCGUUCAGAGAAGGGGUUAAUGAUCUUAUCUAUGCCUUAAAGCGCUUGAGGAAAAAAAGGGAGAAUGGCCCUGUUGGACACUUCAAGGCUUGUGACAUUAUAUUUUCUAUAUGCUAUGAUGUGUCCAACCAUUUUCAACAGAUUUGUGUCUCCAGAGAUUCUUGUUGACUUUGAAGAGUAUUGUGAAGAAACAGAGAUCAUAUAGAGGUGAUAUUUUUUGAUGCUUAAAGGGAAACCCCGACAUAUUUUGUGAUGGCGGCUCUGUGGCAGUAGUACGUACUGUACAUGCUGCCUGUCAAGCUCAGUUGUAAAAUGUUGCCUUAGGUUCCAAACGAGUUGACAAAUAACAAAAUUUACGGCUAUACACAGUAAACCUGCAUAGAGUGCAUACAGAUGCCCAAUCCAAAUAUUAAAUAGUACACACUAUGAAAUGGUUAAAAUCAAUGUACAUUUAUUAAAUAAAUAAAUGCUUGUGUAGUUUUUGAAAAACUUACAUAGGAUAUAAUUUUACCAUUAAAAUCCUCUUUUUGUUGCAUUACUGUACAGUUUAUAGAGUCAUUUAAUUUCAGAAAAAAAACAAACAAUUUAAUACUUAAUUUUCAUUGAACUGUAAAUAUAUUUAAAUCUUUCAAUGAGUUAUAUGUAUGGAUGUGUACUGAUUUAUUAAUGCAUUUUAUGUUAAAUACGGGAAGCAGGUAUAAGCUUUAGUUUCAGCGCUAACACACGUGGUGAGUGUCGGGCCGUGGUCGGCGAGGCAGGGGUCGCUUUCAGUCCUCCAGGCAGUUUGCUGUUCAUUGACAUCCUGUUCACAUGGGACAGAUGGAAACAAACACAUAGUAGUGAUACAGCCAGAGCAACACGGAGGCUCAGGGGUAAGAGGCGAAGACAGAUUUCAAUUUUGGUGACGUACGAGCUGAGGUGUCGUGGUUUAAAAAUGCUACACGUGAAGGAGAUGACAUAAAGGAGAGAAAGAAAGAAAGGGAGAAGCCGCCCUCCGUCUGUCUUUCUUUCUCUCUCAUCUGUUUUUUAAUCUGCUCUCUCUCUCUCCCCGGGCUGCCUCCUCCUGCCUGUAAAUACCUUCAGCAUCAGUGACACUGCUCUUCUCUCUGUGUCCAGGCUAUGUGACGUAUACGUAUGACAUUAUCAAACUACUAUGGAUGUGAAAUAACAAAGUGCUCAUGUGAUCACAAACUCCAAUGGCUCCUGUGUCUUUUGUCCUUAACACAGUGUUCUGUUGAAGUGUCUCUCUGCCCAAAACCUUCCGGUGAUGAAACACUUUGCCUGCGUAGAAAUGAAAGUGACUUUCAGAGGUUUUUAAAUGUUGGUUUCCAGAAUGUCUGCAGAAAGGUGUCAAAGUAAUUCUAACUUUUCCCUAAAUAUGGCUCACAACAGUGCUUGUGUUGGUCAGACUUGCUUUUAUCUAGGUCACUACUCAGUUCCUUUACUGAGAGUCGGUUAGCUACUGAUCUUUAGUUGCAUUGUUUGUCCCUCGAUUUCUUUUCGAAAAGGCUUCCAUGUGCAGUGUAAUGGCAGUCUCAUCCUCAAUAUGGGUCGGACGGCCCCCGUUUGUAUCUUGUGAUUUUAAAACAUGACAAUAAAUGUACCAUGUACCAUGAUA